AAUUAGAACACGCAUUUCAUACGUGCUGCUGUAAUUUCUACCCAAACGUUUCUACCCCAUGUUCUUACCUAAUAUUAGGUAAGGCUAUUUAUUAGAUUCGAACUACCUAAUCGAAAAAAAAAAAACAAAUCAAGAGUUGUACCUAAAGCAAAUAUGAACAAAACAAAAAAAUGAAUCGGUAUCAUUCAACGUGUUACUUUUCUUUGGUUAUUAAAGGCAGUUCUGAAAAGUAAUGGAUCAAUCGUAUAAAUCAAAAUUCAACAAAUUCAAGUGCAGUGCAAAAAUAAACAAUCCAAAGUGCAACCGUCAUAAUCUAUGGGGCAUGUCAUUAAGAUUGAUAGAUAAAAUUCAUUCCAUGGGAUAUACACAUGAAAUCGACGAAUCGAUGAGUAUUUGUGAGUCAUGUCGUGGAUUGAUAAGUCACAACAGAAGCCCGAAUACGAAAAAACGCCGAUCGGAUGGAAACGACGAAACUAUGCAACCAUCAUUUAGUGGGCAGCAACAUCAUGAUGUUCCAGAACCAGAACCGUCAACGAGUGGUCAACAAAUCGAACAUGAGCUGGAUAUGGUACCAUCUAUUCCAUCAUUGGAGUCAAUUCCGUCAACAGAUCAACUACAGGGUCCCCAUAAUAUUGAGAAGUUUAAUACCAUUGCUGAAACAUUGAGUUUAUCGCCAAUCUCAUCUAGAAACAUGAGAAGUAUGGAAUAUCGCAUAAACAAAUCAUUGCAGAUUACGAAAGCAGUUCGAAAAAAUAUCUUCGGAAUAGAUUCAACGGAUGUUGGCAAAGUGGAGGCGUAUGACGAGAUAAUUAUGCAGUUAAAGGAUAAGUUCAAUCACCCUACAACUGACAGAAGCGAACAGAUUAAAAUACUAUCUGUACUUCCUAAGUCUUAGUCGGUAAAUAAAAUCACAAGAGAGUUUAACGCACCAAUGUAUAUGGCGAGGCAGGUGAAGGAUCUUGUUUAUGAACAGGGUAUUCUUUGUACCACCGAAAAAAGAAGGUGGCAUGGUAUUGAUGACGAUACAAAACAAAUAGUAAGAGAAUUUUUUGAUGAUAAUGAUAUCAGCAGGCCAAUGCCAGGAACAAAUGAUUUUGUUUCUGAGGUUCGAAAUGGAAAAAAAACAACAAGUUCAAAAACGACUUUUGAUGAUGUCGCUCAAAGAGGCUUAUAUGAUUUUUGUAGAUAUGUACAAAACUGUGAAUAUUGGUUUCACAGUAUUUACACAGUUGCGACCAAAGCAUUGUAUUUUACUUGAUUCUACUGGUAUACAUAAUGUAUGCAUAUGUAGUAUUCAUGAAAAUGUAAAUUUAAUGUUCAACAGUAUAAGAAUUGUGUCACAAGAUGAAAUAAUACAAAAAAUGCUUUGCGAUAUUUCCACCAGAACAGAUAAUUGCUUUUUCCGUGCUUGUGAAAAGUGUGCUUGUAAUGAACACAUUGAAGA